AUCUUCUUCUUCCUCCUUUUGCAAAGCAUUCCGAUUCUUUCUUCCGUUCGCCAUGGAACAGGAGUCGUCACCACCACGAGAUACGCCGGAACAGACUCCAUUGCCGUCGGGAACCGGAGUUCCUGAACAUAGGGCUAAAAGUUGUAGAAGCACGGCGAUAGAUAUGGAUUUCAUGAGUCAGGUUCGAGAGAAUGCUUCAUCGGUUCUUGAGUUCUCACGUCAAUGGGAGGAAUAUGAUGAGGAAAUGAGGUUAGCCGAGGAAACCCUGAGGAAACGAGCUGUGGAGCUGCAGAAGAAGGAAGAGCGCCUGAGGAUGGUUGAAGAGAGAGAGAGGAAGCUUGAGGAGUCCAUAACCGAGCGGUUAAGUGUAUUAGAGGAGAAAGAAAAAGAAGCAAAUAAGAUGAGACUCGUUUUGGAAGAAAUGGGUUCUGGACAUAAAGCAAAAGAGAAAUUGCUUCAGGAUUCUAUGAUGAAGAAACACGAAGAGCUAAUGAGAGAGCUUCAAGUGAGGAAACAGGAACUUGAAGCGAGGGAGAAUGAGCUGGAGAAGAAGGAAGAAAAGUUUCAACUGAAGCAGAAAUCAGAAGCCAGAGGGAUUGAAGAGAAGAGCAAGCUGCUUAAGCUAAAAGAGAAGGUGCUUGAAGAAAGAGAGAAAGUGCUGGAACGGAAGCAGAAAGAGUGUGAAGAACAACCAACAACACAAGCAGCAGAGACUAGCAAGAGAUCCAGGCAUGAAUCUGAGCCUUUAACUGUGGCAGACAAGGGUAGAGAUGCCGAUUCUCAUCUUCAGAUUGGAAAAAAGCAAAAACCUGUCAGAGACGACGAUGGAAGCAGGAAGAAGGAAACAGAGGUCUAUGAAGUUUUCUGCGUUGAGGAGGAUCCUGAGCAAUACAGUUGUCCUGAUCCAGACUUUAGCGAUUUCAACAACAGAAUGAGCUCUUUGGCCGUGGAUCAAGUAUGGGCUCUAUAUGAUCCUUUAGAUCAUAUGCCUCGAUACUAUGCUCAGAUCAAGAGAGUGUUGAAACCUCAGCUGAGCGUGGAGGUGACAUGGCUCGAAUCAGAAAAUGAAGAGGAAACUCCCAUUGCGUGUGGAGGAUUCAGAUAUGGAGAUUCAGAGAUCCAAAGCCUGUUGACGCUUUCUCAUGAGAUGCAUCCCAUCAGAAAAGGCAAAAAGGUCACCACCAUAAACCCGAGAAAAGGGGAGACUUGGGCCCUUUUCAGAGACUGGACAGAGAGUUGGAGCAGUCACAGUGAGCAGCACAAGCCUCCUUACAGUUACGACUUUGUUGAAGUCGAGACUGAUUUCGACAGUGAUCAAGGUGUUGGAGUGUCUUAUCUAAGGAAGGUGGAGGGAUUUACAUCAGUGUAUAAUAAACUUGCUGAGCAACAAGGACUCGUCUUCAGUAGGAUAUCAUCUGAUCAAAUGCUUAGAUUUUCACACAGAGUUCCAUCUUUUAAAUUGACUGGAGAUGAGAAAGAAAGAGUCCCAGCUGGCUCUUUUGAGCUAGACCCUGCCGCUGUUCCUCGAGAUUGUCUUAAAGCUGCUAAGGUUAAAGAAGAAAUGAAUUGAUCUUGGUUCGAGUUAACUCGUAACUGUAAUAAAUCUGAUGAUGUUGUUGUUAUCUGUUUAAGUAUUUAUGUACGUAGAACUUAGAAGAUGAAAGUAUUUAUGUACGUAGAAGAUGA